UCACUUGGGCAGACUCAACACUCUCUGCAACAGACUUAAAACUUCACGUUUUCUCUAAACAUCCUCAGCACCCCAUUCCCAAUUCUUCCACUUCUUGACGUGCUUCAUUCUGUGGCUCAUAAACAGACUAAUUACAACACUCUCAGAAGCACCACACAAAACUUGCACACUUCCUUUGGAAUAAGAAGAGGAGUGGUGUCGGUGGGGAGGUGGGUGCUUCUGCCAUGAUAAUAAAGGACUUGUUGCUCGGGGUUACUUGAGGGCAACGGCCGUAACUCCUCUCACCGUGUAUGUGUGUGUAAAAGGAAGAGAGAGACACACACACACAAGGCUCAUGUGGUUGAAGUGUGCCUGUGUGUCCACUGCUCAACAUUGACAGCGCGCAGCAACCCAAAACACAGAAGAGGGCGGACACUCACCAGCUACUCUUUACUUUGACUAGUCACUGACGAGCCUUUCAACGACAUUGGAUUUGCGUGGCAGGCAGGAUAUUCGCGAAAUCCAUGAGACACAAAGGCUCCAACAUGGAACUGGAUGAGGAUUGUUUGAUGUCGGAUUGGGAGGCUGUGCUGGAGCUGGAUGAGGCCCUGGCAGGGUGGUUUCUGCAGGGUCCAGCAAGAGGGCAGUGGGGUUGGGAGUGGGGCUGGGCCAGCUCAGACCUUCAGGAACCCGAGUGGAACUCUGAAGAGAUCCCAGCAGUGCUGAGCCCCACAUACAAACAGCGCAAUGAGGACUUCAGGAAACUCUUCAAGCAGCUACCUGACACAGAGAGACUCAUUGUGGACUAUUCCUGUGCGCUGCAACGGGACAUCCUCCUGCAGGGACGACUCUACCUCUCCGAGAACUGGAUCUGUUUCUAUAGCAACAUAUUCCGCUGGGAAACACUGUUGACAGUACGGCUAAAGGACAUCUGCUCAAUGACGAAAGAAAAGACUGCCCGCCUCAUUCCCAACGCCAUCCAGGUCUGCACUGACAAUGAGAAGCACUUUUUCACCUCUUUUGGAGCCAGAGACAGGACGUACAUGAUGAUGUUCAGACUUUGGCAGAAUGCGCUGCUUGACAAGCCGCUGUGCCCCAAAGAGCUGUGGCACUUUGUCCACCAGUGCUACGGCAACGAGCUCGGCCUGACCAGUGAUGAUGAGGACUAUGUCCCCCCUGAUGAUGACUUCAAUACCAUGGGGUUUAGUGAAGAGAUUCCAAAUGAAGAAAAUGAGAUGAACAAUGACAACUUGUCUAAGAGCAGCGCAGAGGCCAAGUCUGAUGGGAGUCCACCUCUUCUUCACAAGAAGGUCAUCCCAAACAGCACCAUCGACCGCACGGGCAACCAUGACACACCCAUCACAUUUGACCUCCCCACAGACGAUUUCACAGAGUGCCAACCAGAUGGCGAGCUUCUAGCUGUGGCUCUGCUGGUGGAAGAGAAGAACAAUGACACCAUCGGAACCGGCGGCCCGGUUCCCUCGCCCUCGCUCGACUUCAACGACAACGAGGACAUCCCCACCGAGCUCAGCGACUCUUCAGAGACUCACGAUGAGGGUGAGGUUCAGGCCUUCCACGAGGAUCUGAACGGGAGGCAGUACAUCAAUGAGAUCUACAAGUUUAGCGUGGACAAGCUGUACGACAUUCUUUUCACAGAGUCACAGUUCAUGAAUGAUUUCAUGGAGCAGCGGCGAUUCUCAGAUGUGAUUUACCACCCAUGGAAGAAGGAGGAGGCUGGGAAUCAGACAAGGGAAAUCCUGUACACCAUCUCACUGACAAACCCUCUAGCCCCCAAGACAGCCACCGUCACUGAAACACAAACUCUGUACAAGGCCAGUCAAGAGAGUGAGUGUUACAUCAUCGACGCUGAGGUCAUCACACAUGACGUCCCCUACCACGACUACUUCUACACCCUCAACCGCUACAUGCUCACCCGGGUUGCUAAGAACAAGUGUCGCUUAAGGGUAUCAACAGAGCUGCGCUAUAGGAAACAGCCAUGGGGGCUGGUGAAAGGCUUCAUCGAGAAAAACUUUUGGAGUGGGUUGGAGGAGAACUUUCGCCAGCUUGAGGUGGAGCUGUCCAAGCUGGAGGAGAUCCUGACCGAGGCCCACCAGCUCUCCCCAAAGGCUAAAGUGGUGAAGAAUGCCACGGUGAGGCGGAAGAAGAGGCCCACCCCCCACAUCCGCAGCCAGCAUUUGGAUGAAGCGCUCAGUCCCGUCACCACGCCGACAGACGAGGAAGUGAUUCAGCGCAUCAAACAAGUGGCAGGCUCCACACAGACCAGACAUCAGAGUCCAGAGCAUCGUCGCCUGCCUGGGGGCUUGGCUCUAUACAGCGUCUCCAAAUUGCUGCUCAUCAUCAGCUUCGUUCUGGUCCUGUUGGUGUUCCUCAAUAUGAUGCUCUUCUACAAGCUAUGGAUGCUGGAGUAUUCUGCACAGUCUUUAACAACCUGGCAAGGUCUGCGGCUGCAUGAAAGUAAACUUCCUCAGACACAAAUGGAGUGGGCCCAGCUCUUGGAGGCACAGCAGCGUUUCCAUGACGCCGAACUGCAGAAAUGGAGGGAGAUAAUCAAGUCAUCCGUGGUAUUACUCGAUCAGAUGAAAGACUCUUUAUUGAACCUCCAGCGGGGUAUUGGGUUGAGGGACUACAGCUCGGAAACUGAAGAUAAGAGGACUCACUACCACUGAUCCGCUGCCACAAAACAAGGCCAUGAGGGCAUGCUGUGCAAUAUUGGACCGCUUUUGGUUUUCUUUUUUAUGAUUCUGUAUGCAGGGAGAUAAAAAGUAAGCAGGUCCAGGAACAUGAAGAGGGGUGAGGAGUGAAGACUGAGAUGGGAAUUGAGAUGUCUCCAGCAGCAGCAGCAGCGACUUUAACCUACUGUAAGCCAUGUGUGUCAUCAAGGGGGUCAGGCAGGAAGAAUGAGUUCACUCUUGCAUGCAUUUAGACAUCUUACAGCAACUCCUGUCAGUAUUCAUGCGGUUCCAAUUCCAGUUUGUGCAUAUCAAAAACAACUGGAAGAGGAGAGACAGGGUUCAUUUGGAGAGUUCAAAGUCGUUUUACUCUCACGACUGUUCCUCAUCGUCCCCCUAGAGGACCUCGCUGCAGCGUCUCUUUUCACAGAGGAUAUCCGACUGCAGUUUGUUUGACCAUCAUCUUACAAAUCUGGUCCGAGUGGUCUUUGUCAGGGCUGGUUCCCUGUCAGACAGCCAAAUUUGAAGACGACACAAUCUGCUUUGACAGUUGUUUCUGCGCAGUGAUAAUGAACCUUGCCCAAUCAAUGAUGGUCGAAUGUAGAAAUAGAAUGUAUGUUUCAAUUAGAAGACUUUUAAAAAGAGGCACUGCAGCGACUAGUAGGGAGACGUCUUCUUACAUGUUUUGUUACUAAACUGUGACUAUAUCUCUUUAGAAGUGUUUCCAAUUAGAAAGAAUUCUAUGAAUAUAUUUGAAAUAUAUUAGUAUUUCAUUAUUUAAUAUAUAUACAUUUCAAAAUAUAUGAGCAUUACCUAUAUUUAUUGUUCAUUUAUGUACAUAAGAAAUGAGAGCUCUACAGCUGCUGAAGAAUUUCUAAAAAAAAAAAAAAAAACGUUUUCCUCUUUAAAAGAAAAAAAAUGCAUGCCAGAUAUGUCUGUGACAUCUCCAGUGUGCAAGUACGAGUCUGCAUUUGUGCGAUUAUAUUCACACGCGUGCGUGUGUGUAGAUGUGUGUAAAGAGUGUGACAUUUUUACCAUUCCACAUGUGGGGUUUUUUUCUGUUUCUGGUUCCUGCAGCCAGACUGCCUUUUUUGGGAUGCAGCCUUGCAUUAGCCCUAACCAAACUAAAGUUUAACUUUUUUCUCACAUUUUAAUCAAAUGUUUGGAAAACUACAUCAAUCCGCUUGCUGUAACACAGUAGCUGAUUUGGCCCAAUCACUUAAGUAGGCCCUAACAGCUAUGUACUUGAGCACCCAAAUAAUACAUAGUCUUUAAAACUACGCAAAAUACAAUAAAGUUUUAGUCGUCACAAUGUACACUAUUUGUGCAGUCACGUGUUGCUAGGUACAAUUCCUACCUAGCAAAAAUGAGUGUUCCUUGAGCCCAAAGAUAAAUUUGCCAUGUGCAAAUGGGUCACAUUCUUUUCAAUGUUUUCACCAUAAAAAAUAAAAAAGGACACGGAAAAUUGGCAGUGAACUAAUCAGACAUAACUCUAAAAACAGUUGCGUAUGAGGUGACUUUAAUGCAUAUAUAAAAAGUGAAAAUGUCCAUGUUAAGAAUACAGUUGAAUAUUGCACAGCUUAUAUCGCAAUAUUUUUUUUAAAAAAAACAUUUCAACAUUUUUAUGAUCUAAUCUGGGGAUUUUACUUUUUCAGUACUACGGCUACAACUUUGCAACUGAAUUGUUACUCUAAAUAUACAUCAGAAUAUUAGGGCCACACAAAAAAAGAAAAUGAUGAUACAAGGAAAAACUAGAAACGGUAGGAAAUAAAAUUGUAAUAGUCUGAGACAAAACUCAAAAUGAUAUCAGUCAAAAAGUUACAAAAAAUGUUAUGCAAAUGGAAUUUGUUGGAGAAACUCGUACUUUUGCAAGAAUAUAAAUGAGUAUUUUACAUAUUACAUAUUUUACAUUACCAGAAUGAAAAAUACUUAACAUGUUCUGUUAAGUAAACUCUUAAUUUUCUAAGAUCAUUUUUUCAAUUACAAUCAAAUUGUAAUGUAGGAGGAAAUAGAAAAAUGAGAAUACACUUGUGAAGGAAAAGUCUAUUUUACACAAAUCAAAUUCUAACUACAUGAAAAAAAACUAAAGUAUAGGAGUAUAAAAUCAUAAAGACUUAAAAUUGUAUCAGCAGAAAGUAAUAAUUUUAUUCUGCUCCAAAAAGUAAAUAUUUAAUGCUAAUUGUUAAUUUUGGUUUUCACUCCUUAUAAAUCAUGGAGAUCAUUUUUUCUUAUUCUUGUAAUAUUAAAAUGUCAUUAUUCUAUUUUUGUAACUGAUUUUCCAUCAUUUCAAUAUUAUUUUUCUUUUUAUGGCUGUAAUAUUCCUCAAUCAUGAUAUAUUUAAAAGUAUUUGUUUUCACUAUACCACCUAGUGGAUCUCAUGGGGCACUGCCACACCUGCCCCUAAUUCAAAUUGUCCACUAGAGGCAAUGCCAUAAACUGCUUUGUCUCAAGAUGUCACACUCUUCUUUAAAGUCUGCUAAUUUGAAUGCCUCCCAACUGUGUUUGUCUGUGUUGGAUGCAACGUGCAGCAUGAGAAUGAAAGGAACCAAAUGAAAGAAUUCUAGAAAUUGUCAUGUUGUAUGUUCAAUGAAGUAUUAUUACAUGUACAGUAGAUUGGCAUCAAGAGCAUGACUAGAAGAGAAAACCUUUUAGCUGAACUUCAGCCAUAACUAAAAGCACUUCCAAAGCUCCUUGUAAUCAAUCAUUCAAUUAAAGGAAAAUAAGAGUAGCACUUUAUUCCAACUUUAAUAGUGUCUCCAGGUAUGACAUCAUCUUCCAAACAGUUAUUUUCAUUUUGGUCUUGAUGCAAAUUACUUGAUCCCCCAAGAAGUAUAUUUCUGUAUUCUUCUUUGCGUGCGUGCGUGCGUGUGUGUGGUCUAUGUGCUUGUGGCGUAUAGGAAUGAAAAGGAAUCAUUAAUGUUUAUGCGUGUGACUUUAACGGAUGAACACCUGCUGUGUGGGGGCUCACUUGAAGGUUUUUUUUUUUUGCUAUGUGUUACACCGCUACAUGUUUUAAUAUAAAUAUUUUAAAGAGAGAGAGAGACCACUUUAUGAGACUGAAGAGUUAUGAAGAGAAUCUAUGCUUAGUUUUUAUGAUGGUACAGAAUGUCAUGAAAAAUGUGAAAUGGGAACUAUUUUUACUUUUCCAGAUGAUUUUUUUUUUUUUUUUUUACUACUGUUUUGUUUAAGAAACACUCAACUGAUUGAGCUGGAUAGCAAGUAUGACUCCAUGUAUUUGAAGGACAGAUAUUUGACUCAAUGAUUCUCAUUCUAUUCAGACACUCUGUUUUUCUAUUUAUUUUACAACAAAUCUCAUUUAGAUGACCCCAGCUAUGCUUUUCUAUUUAUUUUACAACAAAUCUCAUUUAGAUGACCCCAGCUAUGCUAUUGAAUAGUAGAGGCUACUGUAUUGUAUUAAAGAUUGUAUUGUCGGUG